UGUGUAUAAUUUUUUAUUGCAAAUAAUACGUGGAAAUUUUUAAUUGGUUUAUUUAGCAAUUGUAAUGCACGCUCUUGGCUUGGUGCACUGGAGUGUUUACUUGACCUAGUUAAUUGUCACUUGAAGUGUCUAAUUGGUCAUAUGCUAAGUUGAGGUGUCCAACUGACCAUUGUGGACAACUUAAAGGGGCUAUUUAUGUAUUUCGCCUAUUUUUUAAGGUUUUUUAUACAUAAAUUUAUGCUCCAGACGUAAAAUUAUGAGUUCAGUUGAACCAGUUACCUAUAUGCUACAUAUAUUCAGAAUUUUUGCCAAGAUUAAUAGGAUUUGAUAAACUCUCUAAUAUAUACAUAGGUCCGCCUCUACAUAUAUUAUAUAUAAAUUAUGCAUAUCGUGUAGGCUAUUCUUAGUUUACGCGGUUGGAUGGACACACUAUUUUGGUUAAUUAUUCGUUAUAAUCCAAACCACGGGUCUAAUUUUGAAAGAAAAAAAAAAUAACUGACUUCCAAAAAAAGGUUACGAAAGUGGCCACCUGGUAGAAAUAUAUCGUUUUUGGUUGGGUUAAAAUCUGCAAAUUUAUAACCUGACAUCUAUGAAAUCCAAUUUUUUUAUGUAUUAAUCCGGAAGGAAUGUCCCCAUUUCAUUUCAAAAUGUUGAGGGAUGUAAUAAUUCUAGUUUUCUUUAGGGAAAAGGGCCAAGAAUGACUAUGGAUUUGAAGGCUCUCUGCUCCAUAGGAGGAUGGGCAGCUUCUGUAAUUUGCUUUAGGAACGUAAAGUCAUAUUCAUGGAUUUGUCAUGUGAGUUCUAAUGCAUAAUCAUUGUUCAAUUGGAACUCAAGAAUUACCAGCGUUCUUUUAAGAAAGGUGAUGUUGAGACGGCACGCAACCUGUUCGAUAAAAUGCCCCAAAAGAGUGUGGUCUCGGAACUGUGUGAUAUCUGAGCAUAUCAGAAAUGGGAUGCUGAAUGAUGCUCAGUAUAUGACGCAAUGCUAGUCAGAAAUGUUGUUUCUUGGACGGCCAUGUUAGCUGGAGCUCCAUCUAAGCAAAAGACUACUACUACUUUUUAAUGUGGUCAAAUCUAAGCCAGAGCUCAGUUAGGUUUGAGGGGCAUAAGUGCUCCAAUAGACUAAAGGUAAGAAUAUUUUUGGGACCAAAAUCACAGGAGAAUGUAGUUGCUCUAUUUUUAAUAAUCCAAAGGCAAUUUUAACCUUUUCCCCUUUGCUUUGUGUACCUGCUUCUGUCUGUUUAGCCUUGAUCAAACAAUUAAGGACUAUGUUGCUCGGAUUAAGCGCGUGUCGGAUCCUUCAAAGGUAAUGCACUUUUGGAGGAUCCGACAUGGGUGCGGCAGCAAUUUGGAGAGUUCGCGCAACAUAGAUUAAAUAUUAGUUAGAACUUAGCAAGGUGAUUGUAGCAAUACAGGACUUAGGACUAAGGAGUGACUGAUACCUUUUCCUCAUGUUCAAGUGAAACAACCGUUGAGAAAAAGAGUACGGCAUCUAACUUUUUUAACAUAAGAGAAACUCACAACAAACAUUAACAAGAAAUUUAUUGAUUCCAUAUGGAAAAGAGACAGACUCGUUUUUCUUUCAUUUUGUGGACUAAAGUACUCUCAAACUUCCAACAUAUGGACCAUUUCAGUUACUACUCCCAUGCCAAACAAAGGACCAAAAGAAGUUGUUGAAUUGGGUGAAGCCAAACUACUAAAAUACUAAUGGAGGAGUUUUCUUGACAUGGGAAAAUCUGUGCGUGAAAAGUGGCAAUAAAGCAAUUCUUCAAGGUUUGACAAGCUAUGCAAAGCCUGGGGAGCUCUUGGCUAUCAUGGGUCCUUCUGACUCUGGUAAAUCGACACUUCUUGACGCAAUAGCGGGGAGAUUAGGAUCCAACACAAGGCAGAGUGGAGAUAUUCUAAUCAAUGGCCGCAAACAGAGACCGGCAUAUGGAACCUCCGCCUAUGUGACUCAAGAUGAUACUCUAAUUGCAACACUAACAGUAAAGGAAGCCGUAUACUAUUCGGCUGAACUCCAACUCCCAAAUUCCAUGCCAAAAUUAAAGAAAAAGGAAAUAGCAGACAUGACGAUAAAGGAAAUGGGGUUGCAAGAUGCCAUGGAAACAAGAAUUGGAGGAUGGAGCGGGAAAGGAAUAAGUGGAGGACAGAAGAGGAGAGUCAGCAUAUGCGUAGAGCUUUUAACUCGGCCGAAACUUCUCUUCCUCGAUGAACCAACUAGUGGACUUGAUAGUGCAGCAUCUUAUUAUGUCAUGCAAAGAAUUGCACGCCAAUGCCAAGGGAGAACAAUCAUUGCCUCAAUUCAUCAACCUGGUGCUGAAGUUUUCGGUCUCUUUCAUUCUCUAUGUCUUCUGUCUUCUGGCAGAACUGUGUAUUUUGGCCCUGCUAGUGCAGCAACUGAGUUUUUUGCAUUGAGUGGGUUUCCUUGCCCGACUCUCCAGAAUCCCUCUGAUCAUUUUCUCCGAACAAUAAACAGUGACUUUGAUCAGGACGACUUAGAAGAAGGUUCAACUAGGAGUAAACCAACAGAAGAAGUGAUAAAUAUCCUGAUAAAGUCGUACAAAGCGUCCGAGAAGUCUGAAGCAGUUGAAAGCCAAGUUGCUGAUAUCUGCAAACAGGAAGGCGAAGUGCUGGAGAAAAGAAGCCAGGCCGACUUCACAACACAAAGCCUUGUUUUGACAAAAAGGUCAUUUGUGAAUAUGUCUCGUGAUCUUGGCUACUACUGGCUCCGACUAGCUGUUAAUGUUACCUUAGCUUUAGGUGUUGGCACUAUCUACUAUCAUGUUGGCUUUUCUAUUGCUUCAAUUCAGGCAAGAGGUUCCAUGAUUAUGUUCGUGUCUUCAUUUAUCACCUUUAUGGCCAUUGGUGGAUUCCCCUCUUUUGUGGAAGAUAUGAAGCAGCAAUUAGAGAAGCUAAAAACGGGAACAUCAGCAGCUACAAAAACGGCGAUCAACUGAGGCAAUCUACUGCGGCGACCAACAAUUUCUCUUCCGAUUUCAAAAAUUCAACACUCUAAUCCAAAAAAACUACAU